CGCGCCGCGCCGCCCCCCCGGCCGCCCCCCCCGCCCCUCCAUGGGCCGCCGCUGAGCGUCUCCGCGGCUGCCGGCCGAGCCCCGAGGCAGAAGUGAGGCGGGCGGGCGGGCGGACCCGGGCGGCUUUUCCCCCCUCCCUGGCCCCGCGUCGCCGGCGCCCUCCGCAGCCCUCGCCGCCAGCCCCCCCCGCCCCGGGGGGGCGCCGGCCGUGGCGGCGGUCUCGGGGCGCCCUCGCCCCUGCGGGCCCGGCGCGGGGGAAGAUGCCCGGGGCGGGGAUGAGUUUUAAUCCUUAGCUCCCCGCGCCCCCCCGCUUCCUUCCUCCCCCUCUCGCCUCCCAGCGGCGGCGGGGGCGGCGCGGCCCGGUCCCCGCCGGGGGCUGUCGCUCGGCUCCCUGCGGCCCGGCGGCGCCCAUGGGGGGCAAGCAGAGCACGGCGGCCCGCUCGCGGGGCCCCUUCCCGGGGGUGUCGACGGAUGACAGCGCCGUGCCGCCGCCGGGGGGGCCGCCCCACUUCGGCCAUUACCGGGCGGGCGGCGGCGGCGCCAUGGGGCUGCGCAGCCGCUCCGUCAGCUCGGUGGCCGGCAUGGGCAUGGACCCCACGGCGGCGGGCGCCGUCCCCUUCGGGCUGUACGCGGCGGCGGCGCGGGCGGCGGGGGAGGCCGAGCGGGCCCCGGGCGGUGGCGGCCCGGGCGCCGACUCCACGUACGCCCAUGGCAACGGUUACCAGGAGACGGGAGGCGGUCACCAUAGAGACGGGAUGCUCUACCUGGGCGCCAGGGCCUCGCUGGCCGACGCGCUGCCCCUCCACAUCGCGCCUCGGUGGUUCAGCUCGCACAGCGGUUUCAAGUGCCCCAUUUGCUCCAAAUCCGUGGCUUCUGACGAGAUGGAAAUGCACUUUAUCAUGUGUCUGAGCAAACCUCGCCUCUCCUACAACGAUGACGUGCUGACCAAGGACGCCGGCGAGUGCGUGAUCUGCUUGGAGGAGCUGCUGCAGGGGGACACGAUAGCCAGGCUGCCCUGCCUCUGCAUUUAUCACAAAAGCUGUAUAGAUUCCUGGUUUGAAGUGAACAGAUCUUGCCCAGAGCAUCCUUCUGAUUGACCCCCUGGGCGUGCUUGCUGACUUCUCUCUAAGGGCACCUUGCUAUACCUGCUGUACCUCCUCUCCCUGUCCCACCCGCCCUGUCUGAAGUUUUGGGCUGACUUUAAAUUCCUCAAGAAGAAACAAAACAAAACAAAAAAAAAAAAAAAAAAAAAAAAAAAACAGAAACUUGAAUCCACUUGGGACAACGGCGAAUUUUUUUAUUUUAUUUUAUUAUUUUUACUUGUUUUUUUAAUUUAAAGGAUUGGAAAAAAAACCAACAUCCAGGAGAGACAGUGUCAGAAAAGCAGAGCGACCUGCUCUUGCCUCUGCACCUGCCGGCAUGGGGAGAGACCGGCCCACCAGGGAGGCCGUGGGAAUGCUCUUGCCGCCCUCGGCCAAAACCCUGCCAUGAUGUUUGGCUUUUCUUCCCGAAACGAACGGAAAAGCUGCCAGGGGGACAGCCGGCCAAACGGAGCACGCGGUAUUUCUCACCGGCACCCUCAUCUCCCGCCUGGACUCGCCUGGCGCCCCGGGGGCUCGGCUCGUUUUUUUUCUUUUCUUUCUUUUUUUCUUUCUUUUUUUUUUUUUUUUUUUUUUUUGCACUGACUAACAGGAAUUUUUCUCCUCUGUCCCGUCUCCCUUUUGGAGAUCACCAACCCGGACCUGGCAGUGUGAGACGGGGACUCUGCCCCACGCCGGGAGCGGGGCCCCUGCUCUUCCCCUGCAGAGGCACUGGGGGCGAGGGGGGGGGUCUGUCUUUCAAGUGUUUACAACAACAACAACAAAAAAAAGAGAAAACCAACAAAAAAAGGAAAAAAAAAAGAAGCUUCGUGUUGACUGGCGUGUUCUUCGAUUUGAGCUUCCCUGCCCCGGUGAUGUUUACAGACUGGUCACUCUUUAACUCAGCUAUAACCACUCAGAGACUGAACAGCUGCAGCAUCCCCACCGCCCCCUGUCCCGCCGCCGCUGCCGCCUGGUGCCAAACCCCCCGCCAACCCACCCACCACCUUUUUCUUUCCAUUGCCUCUUGAGUUGAAAGUGUUGAGGAAGGGGACGGGGGACGGGGGUGGGGGAGGAAGGUCUCCCGAGGGCCCCGUCGUCGCGAGCGUCUCGCCCCGAUGCCGCCGGCCCCGGCCCCGCGAGGGUUGCUUUGACGCGUUUCCCCCUUCCAGGAGAUGCUGAAGCCGAGUCGUUUGAUUGCAGUGCCCCCACCACCACCACCACCACCACGACCAGCCCAUCCCCGUCCCCUCCCGGCGCGGCAGGCAUGUUUUCAUUGGUGAGACCUCCCCUGCUGGUGGCCGUGCCCCUGCGGGAACCGUUUCUGUAUUUAUAUAUGAAAAAAAUCCCGGAAACCGUUAAAAAAAAAAAUAAACACGAGUUCAGAGUUUGGGGGGAGCUUCCUUCAUUAGUCAAGGUGUUUUGAUAUGGUAUUAAAACAAUGUUCAAUAAAAUAUUCACUGUUAUUUUA